GCGCGGCAUUCCAGCUGUCUGAUGUAACACACAGCGCUCCGAAGUGCUGCUUUACAGCAAACACAAGCACUCUCUCCUUAUUUACCUUGCUGAUAUGAACGGAUGUAUGUAUAUAAGCGGUAGAUGCGCUAUUUGGACACGGGUUGAGUAAGAAACGCGACGUAUUUAUCACCUUUCAGGCUGUGAAAAUAGAUCCGCGGAUGAAUCCGCCAAGAAGAUUUUUGGACUCCAACCGGAAAUGAAGUAUGGAAGCAACAGCCAGUGUGACCUGGGAGUCUAACAUGCGUGAUCUCACACAAACUUCAACUAAAUUUGGACCCCGUUCGCAACUCCUCAGUCGUCCUAAAACUCGGUUCCGAGUGUCAAUUAAAUGGUAGUCAACGGCAGACCGUUCAUAUGUGAUCAAUGUAAUUGCCCUAUGGAGUUUGGCAUAAUCUCAUUCGCCAAUGGCUUAAUGUUAAAGUGAAGCUGAUUGAAUCGUUUUGAACAGAGAGGAGCAAGCUACUGGUGAAACAUGCCCUUACCAUUUGGAUUAAAACUUAAGAGAACACGAAGAUAUACCGUCUCCAGCAAAAGCUGCCUGGUCACACGCAUACAGCUGCUUAAUGGUGAAUUUGUUGAGUUUACACUUUCUGUGGAAAGCACAGGCCAGGAAUGUCUGGACGCAGUUGCUCAGAGACUCGAGUUACGAGAGAUAACUUAUUUCAGCCUCUGGUAUUUCAACAAACAAAACCAACAGAGAUGGAUCGAUUUAGAAAAGCCACUAAAGAAACAGCUUGACAAAUAUGGACAGGAGCCCACUGUAUACUUUGGUGUCGUGUUCUAUGUGCCGGCUGUUUCCCAGUUACAACAAGAGAUAACCAGAUACCAGUAUUACCUCCAGCUGAAGAAAGAUGUUCUGGAGGGUAGGAUUCCAUGCUCGAUUGAGCAGGCAGUCCGUUUGGCCGGCUUGGCAGUACAAGCUGACUUUGGAGACUUCACCCGCUAUGAUUCACAGGAAUUUCUUCAGAAAUUUGUGCUUUUUCCAAUUGAGUGGAUUCAAGAUGAGCGAGUUGUUGAAGAAGCGACUCAAAAGGUUGCCCUACUUUAUCAAAGUUACCGAGGUCUUCCAGUCCCAGAAGCAGAAAUGCUGUACAUGCAAGAAGUGGAGAAGAUGGAGGGUUAUGGUCAAGAAAGCUUUCAUGCAAAGGACAGCCAGGGUGCAGAUAUAAUCAUUGGAUCCUGUCUGGAUGGAAUAUUUGUCAAGCACAAAAAUGGCCGGCCACCUCUUUUGUUCCGGUGGAAUGACAUUAAUAACAUGACUCAUAAUAAGUCUUUCUUUGCCCUGGAGCUGGCCAACAAAGAGGACACCAUUCAGUUUCAGACUGAGGACAUGGAGACUUCCAAAUAUGUGUGCAGAAUGUGCCUGGCACGGCACAAGUUUUACAAGAUUAACAAGAGUAGUCUAGAGGAAUCUGAUGCCCCGCCUUCUGAGGGCUCCCAGAAGUCCAUUCUCACUCUUUCAUUUCCUCGCUUUCCAAUGCUCUCUCGUCCCUCUCUGCCUUCUAACAAGGGCCAAACUCAACCUGCCCCUGUGAACCCAGUCAGACAGCGCUCCUCCACAAGAAUGUCUCUGCCCAAGCCUCAGGCCUACAUGAUGCCACCACCUCAGUUACACUACAAUGGCCAUUACACUGAGCCUUAUACAUCCUCUCAAGACAACCUUUACAUGAACAGUCAGAAUGGGUACUACUACCAUUCUCAGACGAGUCUGGACCGUUCCCCGCACGAGUACAACGGAAGAAUCCGGAAUGGCAGCGUGUACAGCGCUCACAGCACCAGCUCCCUCAACAACCCACAGCACUACCUGCAGCCGUCACCCAUGUCCUCCAACCCCAGCAUCACAGGCAGUGAUGUCAUGCGGGCUGAUUACGUGCCCUCUCAUCGUCACAGUGUCCUUAUUCCACCGUCCUACCGUCCCACGCCCGACUACGAGACAGUUAUGCGUCAGAAGAAUGCAGGCAUGAUGCCAGCAGCAGAGCGGCAGAGUCACUCCAUGAGGAACCUCAACAUUGGCAACUCCUAUGCCUACAGCCGGCCUGAUCCGCUGGUCUACAGCCAGCCUGAAAUCCGUGAACAUGGCACGACCCAGUAUCAUCUCAACUACAGCUUCCACAGUCCUUCACCCUACCCCUAUCCCACUGAAAGACGGCCCGUGGUGGGUGCCGUCAGUGUGCCUGAGCUGACCAAUGUACAGCUGCAACAGGCCCAAGAAUACCCUGCCCCCAACAUCAUGAGGACUCAGGUGUACCGGCCACCUCCUCCUUAUCCUUACUCUCACCCCCGGCCGGCCAACAGCACCCCAGACCUCUCCCGCCACCUUUAUGUAAGCAGCAGCAACCCGGAUUUAAUCACUCGACGAGUGCACCACUCGGUGCAGACCUUCCAAGAGGACAGCCUGCCGGUUGCUCACUCACUGCAAGAAGUGAGCGAGCCACUGAUCACCACCCGUCACACUCGCAUGCAGAAGCGCAACUCUAUCGAGAUUGCUGGCCUGGCAUAUGGCCUGGAGAACAUGAGGCUGAAGGAGAGGGCAGUGUCCGUCUCCGCUGCGGAGACUUCACCCCCAGGCACUACUCCCAUCACCUCUGCAGCCUCAGGCUCUGAUCUCAAUGUCUUCCUGGAAAGGACCAAGGCUGAAGAUGCAAUCAUAAAGGAAGACGUAUGCUACGGGCACAAAAAAUCUCUGUCUGAUGCCACCAUGCUGGUCCACAGUAGCGGAGAAGAAGAGGAGUUUGAGGACGACAGCGGCCGGCACACCCCGCAGUCUCAGGACGCAGUUGCUGGUUCAGAGCAACACAUGACUGUUCUAGGACAUCCUCUGAUGGAGCCACCUCCACCUGCAUAUCCCUUCACCUCAAGCUUGGAUCCAGUCCUCACUGGCCCUUUGAGCUUUCAACCCCAACCUCGGAUCCGGGAGCAGGACGAGGUGGGGCCUCUGUACCCACUUACUGAAGCUGGCCCAAUCAUGCCUUCAGUUUCAGAGGGUGACCUGAGCAGUCAAGGACGAUCAAAGCAUAAGGGUCAGAUCAUCAAAAAGAGACCAGUGUCUGAUGUGCCUGCUACGAGACGGAACAUUGAUGGCCUCCCACCACCUGGCAUGAAGAAAGGAGUCCGAUCAGAUAUAAAGAAGAUGGGACCGCUGAAGCUGGCGGCUCUCAAUGGACUAACGCUUGCUCGAAUGCCUGUGCCGGAUGAGGGCAAGGACGAUUCAGGAAAGGCUUCCAAUGACGAAAGGUGUAAGCUCCUGGAGCAGAAGUUGGAGCAAGGCAUGGUAUUUACAGAGUAUGAACAAGUGCCAAAGAAACUGCCCAACUAUGAGUGCAGCAUUGCGCAGCUACCUGAAAACGCAGAACGGAAUCGCUUCCAGGAUGUGCUGCCCUAUGAUGACACCCGCGUGGAGCUUGUGCCGACUAAAGAAAAUAACACAGGCUAUAUCAACGCCUCACAUAUCAAAAUUACAGUAGGGGGAGAGGAAUGGAGCUAUGUUGCAUCCCAGGGACCCCUCUCCAGCACAUGCCCGGACUUCUGGCAGAUGGUUUGGGAGCAAGGAGUUGCCAUUAUUGCUAUGGUUACUGCUGAAGAGGAGGGUGGUCGAGAAAAGAGCUUCCGCUACUGGCCGCGUCUAGGCUCCCGUCACAACACGGUCACGUAUGGCCGUUUUAAAAUCACCACACGCUUCCGCACAGACUCAGGCUGCUACGCCACCACAGGCCUGAAGAUUAAACAUCUUUUGACAGGCCAGGAACGAACCGUCUGGCACUUGCAGUACACAGACUGGCCUGAUCAUGGCUGUCCCGAGGACUUCAAAGGAUUUCUUUCAUACUUGGAAGAGAUUCAGUCCGUGAGGCGGCACACCAACAGCACCAGCGAUCCAAAGAACACAAACCCACCCGUGCUGGUGCACUGCAGUGCAGGGGUGGGGCGCACUGGUGUGGUCAUUCUGAGUGAGAUCAUGGUAGCCUGUCUGGAACAUAAUGAGAUGCUGGACGUCCCUACUGUUCUGAAGUUGCUGCGACAGCAGCGUAUGAUGAUGGUGCAGACUAUUUCCCAGUAUACCUUCAUCUACAGAGUCCUUAUACAGUUUCUUAGAAACUCCAGACUUAUAUAAGCUCAGAAUGUUUGCUAAGCUGCCAGAGGCAUGGAAGAUGUUCUUCUGUGACAUCUGGAGCAGAUGUCUACCCUUCAAGGGAUAUCUCACAGAGGGGACGGUGUCCUGGGGUGAGUUUGAGAUGGACUGCAGCUCAGUUUGAAUGAAGCAGUCUUCUCACUUCAACUCCUGAGCACUUUCCCUGAAUAUUAAUGAAGGGCCAUAACUCAGAAGGAUUUGGGCAGGUAUGAAGGAUGCUGCAAACCAGCAGAUGUUCUCUUUAAUCAGUAUUAUUCAGAGAUUUUACUGUGGAUUUUUACAAUAUGAUUACUGCUAAUGAAUCACAGCACUUUUACUUUUACUGUAUAUAGCAAAUAACACUAAUGCUGCAUCUUUAUUGUUAAAUGUAUAACAAUAUUGAUUGCUUUAAAAAAAAACUUUUUUCUUCUUAAUGGCUAUCUUGGUUGAUAGUUUUGAGUGAAGGUUUACUGAGUUGAAAUGAAAAUUAUGGUCACAGUGUUUAAAGUUUGAAAAGUAAGGGGUGUUUCAGUGCAGAGCUAAUUUUAACUACUUUCUCAAAACCAAGUAUCAUAACUAAAGAUAUGUGGCUCAUGGGGUCUGCACUCUCGUGUGAGAUUUGCUCUAUGUAUGCAAGUCUUCACAGAUGAUGUUGAGUAACAUGGGUUUCGCAUAUCAGAAGUUAGGAUACAGCCAAAGAAAAGUUACGAGGUUUUUAUAUAUAUAUAUAUAUAUAUAUAUAUAUAUAUAUAUAUAUAUAUAUAUAUAUAUAUAUAUAUAUAUAUAUUUUGAUUGCAGACACAACCUUUUAAUAUAGUAUUGCAUUAAAAUAAUUUAUAAUUCUCCAUAUUCUGUAUGUUGUAUCAAAACAGAUUUAUUAUGCUCAAGCCCAUUUACCCCUGGCUAGAUAUAUAUAUUUUUUACAAGUAUAUCUACUUAUGCUACAUUUUCACCAGGAUGCUAGAACUACUGCAACCAAAGAGUUGUCAGACUUGAAUUUUGGAUUCUUUGAAUUCAAAGACACAACUGUUGUCUUUAUGUGAAGGGUUUAUGGCUUAGCCCAUUAGCCACAUGACAAUUAUGAUGAUCUACCAAAGAAUUUUUUUCUUCUGAGAUCUGGGGCUGUUAAGGAUGUCUUCAAACACUGUGAAACUGUGUUUUCUAUGUGUCAGAGUAACUAAAGAAGGAACGGUUUGUAUGUUGAAAGUGAAAUGUGCCAUGUUGGUAUAAUCCCUGUGUGUGCACAUGCUAUACGACAUUUAAAUUCUUAUCAGGCCUUGAGAUCAGCAGUCAGCUGCGAAGCAAGGGGUUACAGCCUGUCCUUGUUUUGCCUACACUACUGUUCAAAGGUUUGGCAUCAGUUAUUUGUUUUGUUAUUUUAUAUUCAGUUCUAACUUACAUAAUGUAAAUGUAAAUAUUGCAAACUAGCUAGUUUAAGAUGUCGUCUGGGAUCAAUAAGAACUUAUUAAAUGGGAAAGCAUAUACUGUAAUUCUCUGUUUAUAGAUUUUUAGCACCAAGAUUUGAUCACUUUUGGAAAACAAGCCAUUUUGGAAAUUAUUUUUUCAUAAUUUCAUUCUUAAUUCUAUGAAAUGUCUAAAUUCCUACUAAUCAUUUGAAAACUGAAAUUGCACAGGACUAACAUAGUAAACAUUUUUUACAGUUGCUUCUGCAAUGAGUUUCAUUUUAUUUUAUUGAAAACAUUGAUUCAAACUGUUGAACAGUGAUUGAGCAGAGUCUUUCAACUUUGCCUGAAUUUUGUGCUCCAUUACAAACUAUUAUAACACUUCAGUGUUGUUAACAUGGCCAUUUGGGUGUCAGUUCCAAACCAUCAUCAAAACAAAGAAGUCUGUCAUGUUUUAGACAUUGUUCGAAGACCAACUUUGGACAGCCAGUGUAUGUAUGUUACACACCUACCUGAGAUGAAAUUGCAUCUACUUUAGUAGAAAACGGCACAGUGCAGCAUUGCACCAGUUGAUCUCAAGAGUAUUUUGUUCCAUACACGCAGCUCUUGCUAAAUUAAACAGCUGCAAAAUAGUACAGAAAUGACUUGUUGUGCGUCUGCACACACAGGGAUACAUUAAGAUUUAAAAUGAUGUUUAGUUACAGGUUAUAAGGCUGUAACUAAUUAAAUUUUCCAUUUACAUGGCUAGUUUUCUUUAAACUACGUACAGUCUUAGACAAAAAAAGAAUAAGACUUGGAGAAUCUCUCUUGACAGUGUCUUUUAGUCUAAGACUAGGCUUAACCAGCUUGUAUAAAACUGGCAUGUUAAUUCAGGGUUAAGGUAAGAAAAACUAGUCCAGAGUCUUAUUUUUGCUACAUGAAACAUGUUUAGUAGAAUGCUGUGGGAAGGAAUAUUACAAUUUUUCCAGAACUGAAAUUUUAUGUUGAUUUUCAUAACAGUUAUUGAAAGUAUUCAUUCAUGAACAUUUGAUGUAAAAAGCAAUAUGAAAAAUUUCACAAUUUAGAUCAGCAUCACAAGGAUGUAAGUUUGAUUGUUCCAUGCAUUACUUUAGCUUUUUUGUUUUAGGGUGAGGGCUCUCUUUGUACAACUGAGUUAAUGGAAAUGUUGAGCUUCUAAAGCAGUGCCCAAAACACUGCAAGAGAUCUCAAUCCUGGUUAGGUUUGUGUUACAACAGGGGAAAAAAUCAAGGUAAAGGAUCAUAAUUUUAUAAGAAGUUAUAGCAAAACUCUCAUGGCCCUUUAAAUCAUUAGAUACACAGAAGUUAUUUUUGUAUUCAGGUGCAAAAUUGCAAGUCUUUAAAAGGAGGUGUGGGUUUGCAGAUUGAAGUGAUGUACUUUGAGUUAAAAAAGGGCAGCUUGUUUUUCAUUUGUCUAAAUCACAGAUCACUUUUAUCCUCCAAUUUUUUGUAACUCUAUUGCAUAUCCAUGCAUCGUCCAGGUGAGCUAGAGCCAGUUUUGCUGAGGCAAACUACUGUAACUAGGUGAGAUUCUUAACUUUAUUUGCCUCGUAGAUGAAUGUGGUGAUAAUAUGGAAUUGACCAAUUUCACAUUUGUAAACAUGAUAAUGUGUUAUCACUAACCUCAGUACAGGGGUUUAUCAGUAAUCAAGAGAGAGGCCAUCUUCCUCUUCAAGAUCUCAGCUCAACGUUCCCAACUCUCAGCAUUCAGCCUAGCAUCCUGGGCAUAUUAGACACAUGCAGAGUUGUGAAGCUAUCAUUAUUUUUUUGUUAUAGUUACCAGUAGAUUUAGCAUUUAUGAUUGCAUCUUACUGUAUCUCAGCAAAGUUUUAUUUUAGCAAUAUUUGAAUUGAAAAGCGAACAAGUUGUGCCCACAAAUCAUAGCUUUGUUUACCUUUGUGAAAUUGGUCCACAGGAACGGUCUACAGAGCUGGAUUCAUGAAUUAAUACUUUCAUUUGAAUCAGAGAACUACUCUCUGAACCUACCUUCAUAGUCUUUCUCCAUUUUGUAUUAUGUAUUAUCAAUACUGGAAAAUAUUAUGGAGAUUGAAAAGUGUUUUGAGCUAAAAAGAAAACUGGAUAAUGAAGGCUCUUGUUGGGGCUGUUUUAUGUUUUUAAUAUAUGUGAAUUAAUAUCAGAUGCUGUUUAUAAUAUUGAUUUUUAGUCUUGUUUACUAUUAACAAAAGAUUAAAUUUGCCAUUAGCAAAACCAUUGCCCCAGAUAAAUCAUUGUGUAUCAUCUCAUGGAUUGAUGUAGCCUUCAAACUAUCAGAAUUCAUAUCCCAAUGUAAAUUACUUGUCUAGAAGUAAAGUUUCUUUAAGUAAAUAAAUAUUUUGAAAAGUA